CGAGGCGGAGCCGCCCCCGCUGCGGGCGCCCACCCCUCCGCCGCGGCGGCAGAGCACGGCCCCGGAGCUGGGCAUCAAGUGCGUGCUGGUGGGCGACGGCGCGGUGGGCAAGAGCAGCCUCAUCGUCAGCUACACCUGCAACGGGUACCCCGCGCGCUACCGGCCCACGGCGCUCGACACCUUCUCCGUGCAAGUCCUGGUGGAUGGAGCCCCCGUGCGCAUCGAGCUGUGGGACACGGCGGGACAGGAGGACUUCGACCGGCUUCGCUCCCUCUGCUACCCCGACACCGACGUCUUCCUGGCGUGCUUCAGCGUAGUGCAGCCCAGCUCCUUCCAAAACAUCACGGAGAAAUGGCUGCCCGAAAUCCGCACUCACAACCCCCAGGCGCCCGUGCUGCUGGUGGGCACCCAGGCCGACCUGAGAGACGAUGUCAAUGUACUGAUUCAGCUGGACCAGGGGGGCCGGGAGGGCCCCGUGCCCCAUCCUCAAGCCCAGGGUCUGGCGGAGAAGAUCCGGGCCUGCUGCUACCUGGAGUGCUCGGCCUUAACGCAGAAGAACUUGAAGGAAGUGUUUGACUCCGCCAUCCUCAGUGCCAUCGAGCACAAAGCCCGGCUGGAGAAGAAACUGAACGCCAAAGGCGUGCGCACGCUCUCCCGCUGUCGGUGGAAGAAGUUCUUCUGUUUUGUUUGAGCAGUGUGUGGUAGUGUAGUGAGUGGUAGACAGGAGUCCUUCUGGAACCAGGGCUACUGGCAGGGCCUGGCCCUCCUCCUCCCAUGGGAUCCAGAUCUCAUACGAACACUGAGGACACGGGCCUAAACAGCCCACUCGGAUUAUCCAGGGUGAGCCUAGGACCUGACUUGGAUUUCUUUGGUCAAGACUUAGAGGAAAAUUCCUGCACCAGCCGGGUUCUCAGGGUCUCUUAUCAUGGGACUCACAAGACAGCUUGGCUGAAGGAGGACCCCUUGUGGUGGUGCUCACCCCUGGCUAGGGGAAACAGCUGGUCAUCUUGGAGGGUUGAUUUGGAAUGGAGUGGGGAAGCAGAGGUCAGAGGGAGCUUGAGGGAGCUGAGGAGGAGGAUGGAGGCCUGGGCCAGGAGGCAGAUCAGAGGGCAGGAUCUGAAAGGAAGAAGGCAAGAAGAAGGGAGAGCAGAGGAGGGCAGCUGUGGGGCUGGUGACACCUGGGCUGUCCUCCACCCCCAAGGCCAGGGAGGGUGGGGCUGGUCCCUGGGAAGAACCGGGUCUCUGGGCUCCCUAGGCACUGCCCAAACUGGCUGGGCCAGAAGUGGGGCAGGAAGUGAGAGUCAGGCCGAGGUUGAGCAG